AUGGGAAAGCAGAAGCGCAAUAAACGGCGUUCGAACAACAAAGACCACGCGAAGCAGGGCGCUCCGGCUGACGCCACCAACCCUAACGGCACAACGGGCCCAGCCAUUGUGCAACGAAUUCGACAUGCCGACGCGCGGACCCGCCACGCUGCCCUGUGUGCUUUACUGCACACAUGCAAUUUUGCCAGUGGUGCAAAAUGUUUUCACCGUUCUGUGCUGCAAGCAGUCCGUGAUUCGAUCAUGGACGUGGACCUGGAAUGUGCACUGGCGGCCGUAGCGAUAUUGACCACUACUUUGCAACAAGAAGACUCCUCGUCCAAGAUGGAUCCUACCGUCUCUGCUGGAUGGCUUGUUUUGCUGCACGGCCGAUUACAGUCCUGUGCGACAGAGGUAGAUCAAAAGGAUCCCAAGAUGUCAUUGCCAUGGUUGAAUUUGGCGUCGUGUUGUUUACAGUGCGCCUGUGUCCUGGUGGAAACCAACAGUUUGGCCUUGGAACGCCUUGUUCCCGAAUCUGGCUUGCGGACAUCCGAAUUGCGGGACGCCUUCUGGCCGAAUGUAAGUUCAUGGUUAUCUCAAGCUCUGCAGCAGGCCGCGGGAGAGGAGGCCAGCGUCGGUACGACUGAAGUUUCGAGGGUUCAUUCAGAACACUGGGAAACAAUUGCUAUUUGGGCUGCUCGCAUCUUUCAUUCAUGCUGGGACGACGAAGAAGCUGAUGGCUCUCUGAUACAGUCCUGGUAUCGCGACCAACGUCAAGACGCCCAAGCAACGUUUCAAGUUUUACAUAGAGCGGCAAUCUCGCGGACGCAUAGUAUACCCGUCCCUUGUCGCCUGCAUGCAGUGGGAGCUCUCUUAUCCGUUGGCAAGAACCCAAUUACACUGUCUUCUGGGACGUCUUUUUCCGCGCGGCAAGAGGAUGUGAAGUUUGCCAAAGAGGAUACGUGGGAGCCCAUGUUACUCGACGCAUGUAUGGGUGUACUCAGAGAGUCCCUACAAUGGCACGAAAGUACCGCUUCUCAACUCGUGCAAAAGCUCGCUUAUGCGCACGAAGCCUGGAAGGCUCAAGCACAAGAUGCCGAACUGGAAAAAUCCAUCAUUUCGUUGCAGCGUCGCAAAAAUGAGCCCGCCCGACAGAUUGCCCGUAGAUUGCAGCAGCAACCGGACAACGUUGACGAUAGUGAGCAAUGCGAAAAGGGCCGGGGCAAGCUUCCAGUUGACCGGCAAGACAAAGAAACAGUCUACUACGAAGCGGAAGCAACAUGGAACCAGCAUAUCCGAGGACUACAACUAGCCUUAGAAAUUACUGCUAACCUCACUAGUGAUGCCGGCGCCGCGAGUUAUUGUCACGAAGACACGGUUAUGACGGAAGAUGAGUCAUCCGCUACCUCGUUGGACUACCAACUGACGACUUCCCUUUUGCGGCACGACGUACCAAUGCAACUGUGGAGACUUCUACGACCGUUGACAGACUACACAUUGCAAGUAGAUUCCGCUUCCCUGGCGCUCGUAGCUGAAACAUGUGGUGACUUGCAAUCCAAAGCCGCUCUAUGUUUGGGACACGUGUUGGCCAAUAUUCCAUCCUGGGCGCCUCCUGAUUCCCUAUGGACUGAUUUGCAAACUGCCGUUAAACGCACGACAGCGAUGGAAGGUCGGCAAGGAUUGUGUGCAUGUAUGGUUGUCUACUUGCGAUCACGUGGAUAUCCUUCGUUGCAAACUUUGCAGCCUUCUGAUUUACAGUUUCUACGAUCUCUCAUUCUUGGUCACGACUACACGCCCUCUGAUACUGUUCCACGUGAUGCUGUUUGUAUGAUGGGACUGCUGUUAUGCAGCCAUCAAACUCACUCGGCCGAGGUGAAUGAAGUGUUUGCUCGGACUUUGUUAGAAACAAAUGUAAAUUCGGGGACUUCAGCCAUAUUGCUGGCAGAAAUUCUGAACACAUUUAUGGAUGUUUAUGGCACGGAUGCUCAUCCAGCGGUCUUUGACAAUUUGAAUGUCUUGGGUUUUUUUCAAAAAUCGAUUCCGGCAUUGAAGCAAAAGAUCUCCAUUGCUUCCAGUUGUAGUGCUACUAGACCGGAAGACUUGGAAGUCUGGAAAGAGGCGGCCACAAAUGCAGCCCGGUUUGUGCAGUACAAAAAAGGAUAUGCUUAG